CCCGUUACUGGCGCCAAAAAAACGUAAUGGAUUCUUUAUUUUUUUGUUUCCUGUUCGUGAAGGCGAUCGAUGCGACGAAAAGGAUCGAUGUGACUAAGGUGACGAGCACGCGGUCUAUUCCGCGUCGUCGGCGCGAUGAAACUCCUUUCUGGUACGUCGGCAUUAGCUAUUGAGUCUCAUUCAUUGAGUCAGGCCCGAUGCCACGAUCGGUGUACGAAGAACGCGCUCUUGAUUGAAUUUGGUCAGCGGUCAGAGCUGCGUCUUUGAUACAGAGAGAGCACUUCAUGUAGCACCAAAAGAAACGUCAUACGUUCUGCACUUUAAGCUUCGAUAACCGUCCAUUAAAAGAUGUGCUCCGAGAAAUUGGAGUUUUGGAAUGAUCUCACGACGGUGGACCCCAGAGCUUGAGAGAUUAAUAAAUGAGACGGCCAUUCACAGAUUAAUUUGCGCUCAACGAUGCAGACCGAGAUGGUAGUUCUUGAAGAAAGCCGGUCGUCGUCCAGGGGUGAGAUUUUACUGCCCUCGCUUUGGUCCAUUGAAUGGUUCCAGCAAUUAUGGACUCGUGCUUGGCUCGGGUGGGCUUUCGUUUACGCAUCGGUGCUGUUGUUUUGCUUCGUUUCUCGCUGUGUGGCGCUCACUGCGCUGAUCAAGAUGUACGGGACUGGCAAGGACUGCACGUUUUCCGCGAAGACCGCGGCGCUUUGCGUCGGUAUCUUGGAAGAUUUCGUCUGCGCUACAUAUUUCGCUUGUGUGAUUUGGCUUAUUGACAUUUUGUUGCAAAAGUUUGCUCGGUAUGUUGAUAGUAUUGAAGCUUCAACAAGCAACAAGCUGAAAAGUAUCAUGUUGAAGAUCUUUGUCUUCGCAAGCUCUUGGAUGUUAUUCGUAGCUGCAGUUGGACCCGUAGCUGCUGAUUUACUUCUCGUGCGUCUAAGGGAAGUUCGCUUCACGUUUCAAGUGAUUUCGAGCGACGAGAACUCGGUUAUUGAUGGAAUGACCAGCAAAGAGAUGAAGGACGUGUGCAUGACAGUGACGACUACUGCUAUUGUAGCAGCUCUCUUUGCUAUUCUGCGUACGUUUACAUCCUGGCCGAAGCUCUCCCGGUGGAAUCCGAUCCAUGCUAUCGUUACCUUAGUGAACAGGAGAAAAGAACAGCGAUUCCAAUCAGUGUCGACAAAAUCUAGCAGCGGAGGUGCAGAAUAUGAUGAUAACGAGGAAAUCAUGCUGGAGCUCGAUGAAUCCGGUAAAAACUCUGGUAUCAGCACGCCUAGCAAUCUGAGCUUCUGUGCUUUGGCAACGGAUGCUCCGUACCCAAGUUCCAAGCACCAAGAAAGCAAGGAUGUGCUAUAUCGGCGUGGUAUUCAGAUUUCUGUUGUUUUCGUCGCCCUAAUUCUGAUACCCUUCCUAGUAAUCGCUAUAGUUAGCGCAUGCUCGUCGAUCGUCGCUAAAUCCGCUCUAAACGCAACUCUAAAUGAGCUUUUUGGUCACGCUCUGGGUGAUACUUCCCAGAGCUUAUCGAUUGAGACUGACGGAAGCACUGCAUGGGUGGAGACGUAUAUUCACUCAACUACCGAAAACUACACGCUCUUCCACGACGACUCGCUCUACCGACGAACUACCGGCUUUAAGGGGGAGCUAGCUUUCGAUGUCGAUGUCACCGCCGAUAACCCACCUAACGUUCUCGUCAUCGUAGUGGAGUCGUUCCGGUACCACGAUUCCCGCUACCUCGUCGGUGAUGACGAUCCAUCCAAUCUUUUCAAGGGAUCAAAUACUACUAUAACCCCGAAUUUUGACAAAUGGGCGAAACGAGGCGUAGCAUUCACCAAUUUUUGGUCGAGUUGGCGCACAAGCCGCUCAGUGGAGAGCCUUCUGUUCGCACAACUUCCCUACGAUGACGUUGAGGACUCUGGGAUGACGGGAGGAAAAACGAAUGUGGAACUUGCUGGUCUCCCGCAGCUUUUCAAGGCUAAAGGGUACGAACCAUUCUUCACUACGGGUUGUCAAACUGAAUACGAUGACUGGAAUUCGUUUCUUCCAUCCCAUGGAUUCGAUACCGUUUGGAGUCGCGAUGAGAUGAUGAAAAUCGCUGAACAUGAUUUGAAUAUUUCGUCUGAUGAUUGGUACGGUGACGCACACCGAGGUCUUUAUUGGGGUGUUCACGACGAUUUGAGUUUUCAGAUUCUAGGAGAUCUACUCAUUAAUAAGACUCAAGAGCAGAGUGAGCGUGCGGCUCGAGGCGAGGCAAAAAAGCCUCUGUUUCUUACGCACUACACUAUAUCGAGUCACAUCCCGUUCCAAGAGCGACCACAAUGGUAUGCAGAAGCUGAAAAACCUGACUUUUCUGCACUUUACGACGGUGAGGAAUACACCUACCUUGUCAAAGAUUACCUCGAGAUGCGGUAUUUUACGGACAUGGAACUUGGGAAAUUUAUGGAUCGUAUGGCGGAAGAAGGUAUUCUCAACGAUACCAUCGUUAUUAUCUCUGGGGAUCAUGGUCAAGCACCAGAAUACGGCUACGACAAACCAGAAGUGCGUGCUUUAUCAGCCACUCGAGUUGCCGGAGCUCUUAUCGCAGAGGGAAGACUCGGAGAAUUCGUUGGAUUAAAAUUUGACGACGCCGCAGAGCAAUACGAUAUCCUAAAUACUCUGGCUGACAUUACUGGUAUACCAGAGGAAGGAUUCCUGCAAGAUGGCGUUGGACGUUCACUCAAGCGUAAAGUGGAAUUCGGGGAGCGAGUCGUGUUCAGCAACAACCCGAGCCAUAAACUGUCGGUUGUACGCGGCAACAAACGUCUGCAGUACGACCGGCAUUCGAAUGAGGUUUUGCUUCAUGACACGCACACAGACCACGACAUGAAGAAAGAUCAGUUUCCAACUCUGAACAGUGACGAGCAAGAUAAAUGGUUCACUUGGAGGAAGAAUGGUCGCUGGCUGAACUCAUAUUACACCACCCGAUGGGAUAACAAGUGCUUGCUAGCAGGUGAAUGCAGUGCCUAAGAGUAUUUUGUGCUAAGGAGAUCAAAAUGUACUUUGCGUUGUAUGUGAACCUUUGUACACGACAGUACGACUUUCUGCCACUUGUAUUAAUAAAAGCUAUGGUUCCGAUAUAGUGUAAAUCAAGAGCGCCAUAGCUUGUUGUCAUCUGGA